AUGGUCAAAGGAAGUGAACUUAAAAUAGAAGUAGGAGGUUACAUGUCAACAUUGACACAUACACUCGAUUUGUUUACGAGCGAGUUAGACAAAGUUAUAGCCACAAUUCCAACUGAAGUUAAACCUCUUCUCACGGUGGUCUGUGUAGGAGCAGAUAAAGCUUGGAUCAGUGGGAAGGACACGGCCAUAUACUGUGUUGACAUACACGGGUCAGUACAGGAAUUUGUCAAGACUGCCUCUUUGGAAAGGCCUACAGACAUCACACUGACAAAAGAGGGUGAUCUGAUAUACACUGAUUAUAAAAAUAGAACUCUGAAUAUUUUCAGACAAGGGACAAUUGAGGUAUUAGUCACUACACAAGAAGGCUGGAAACCAAGGGGGCUUUGUGCUACCAGAUCAGGUGACGUAUUGGUCAACCUGUAUAAUGGAAGCCAAAACAAAACAAAGUCCUCUACCAAGGACAAAUGGUGA